AUGACGACUGCACGCUCUCCGUUCGAUUGGUCGGUGACCGACCCGCACCACAACAACGAGUACAUGCGAUUCGCAUCUCGUCGAUCCACCGUUCUCUCCACAAAAGGUGUCGUCGCAUCCUCUCAACCGCUCGCCUCUUCGGCCGGUAUCGAGAUCCUCAAUGCAGGAGGUAAUGCGGCCGAUGCAGCCGUUGCAGUGGCUGCCGCGCUCAACGUCACCGAGCCAUGCAACACGGGCAUCGGCGGCGACGCCUUCUGCUUGUUCUACGACGCCGAGAAACGCACCGUCCGAGCGUUCAACGGAUCCGGUCGUGCACCUCAAGCCAUGACGCUCGACGUGCUUCGCUCCAAAGGCGUCGACGGCAUCGAGAUCCCCGGAAACAGCAUCCACAGCGUCACCGUUCCCGGCGCAGCCGCCGCCUGGGUCGACACCGUCGAGAAGCUCGGCAGCGGAAAGCUGACUAUGCAGGACAUCCUCGCACCCGCCAUUCGUCUCGCCGAACAGGGAUAUCCGGUCCACGAGAGCACCGCUUAUCUUUGGGGUCGUAGCGAGAAGCUCAUCAAGAAUGCUUCGCCCAACUCGGACGAGAUGCUCUUCCAGGGACGUGCACCUCGGACGGGUGAAUUGAUGCGCAUGCCGACGCUCGCACGCACCUUCCGCGAGCUGGCGACAAAGGGCAAAGAAGGCUUCUACACAGGUCGCGUCGCUCAGGCCAUUGUCGAUCUGGUGAAAUCUCAAGGCGGCGUGAUGGAGCUGGACGAUCUCAAGGAUCACCUCGACAGGGGCACGGAGGAGGUGAAGCCGAUCCAGUACACGUACAACCACCCUGCUGCUGCGGGUGAUCUGGAGGGCAAAGAAGGCGUCACCAUGUACGAGUGUCCGCCCAACGGCCAGGGUCUGACCACGCUCGUCGCUUUGGGCAUCCUGGACGAGCUGCAGAACCAGGGCAAAGUCGGUGACCUCGCUUCGGUCAAACACAAUUCUGUCGAGUACCUGCACGCUCUCAUCGAAGCGUUGCGAUUGGCCUUCGCCGACACCCGUUACCAUGUUUCGGAUCCGCACCAUUCCGAGCACGACGUAGCCGCGCUCCUGCUCAACCCCAAAUACCUCUCGGAACGAGCCAAGCAGUUCGACCCUACCAAAGCCUCGGUCGACCUGGAAAAGGGCAGCCCCGCCAACACCUGCGAUACCGUCUACUUCUCCGUCACGGACCAGUACGGAAACGCGUGCAGCUUCAUCAACUCCAACUACGCCGGGUUCGGCACGGGCGCCGUCCCCUCCGGCUGCGGAUUCACCCUCCAAAACCGCGGCGCCGGAUUCACGCUCUCCGCCGACCACCCCAACUGCGUCGCCCCGCGAAAACGCCCUUACCACACCAUCAUCCCCGCCAUGGCCACCCGCGGCGACGAGCUCUUCCUCUCCUUCGGCGUAAUGGGCGGCUUCAUGCAGCCCCAGGGUCAGAUUCAGGUGCUCAUGAACGUCCUCCACCACGGCUUCACCGUUCAGGACGCCCUCGACGCACCGCGCUUCUGCAUCGGCGCCGGAAUGGCCGGCCCAGAAGGCGCCACCUCCGAAGUGUACUUCGAACAGGGCGUAGACCAGAACGUCGUCGACCAAUUGGCAAAGAUGGGUCAUCAGGUCAAGGUCGUCGAUGGUUGGGGGAGGUUCCAGUUCGGAAGGGGACAGGUGAUCCAGAAGGUGGCCAACGACACAGGCAAGUUGGUCUGGGCCGCUGGUUCCGACCCCCGUGCCGACGGUCAAGCCAUCGCUCAAGUCUAG